UAAUAGGCGUGAGUGUGUUGUCUGUUGGCAUGACUGAAUGUUGCUUUAAAGUGUUCGAUUCGCCGUUUGAACUGUACGUGGACAAUACUAGCCUACAUUUCAUUUCAGCUGUAGCGGGAACGUGUCCAUUCAAUCUUUAGUUUCUUUGGGAGUAGGUUUAUUUGACCGUAUCGUGACUGUUCUGCCAGUUGUUGAGGCACAUAUUCUAGAGAAGUGUUUAUAGGUGACAUAAAAUCUGCUUCAGUGACGAUGACAAGUGUGAAGACUUGGCAACUACUUUUGUUGCCGUUUGCGCUCGUCUCUGUAGGGAAAGCGGAAUGCCCACAGCCUUCUCUGCAUGGCAAAUAUGUCUUGUCCUUGGAAUCCACACAGAAGAAUCAUUUCCCAGAGAAUUCAGAAGCUACCCUGGAGUGUUCCAAUGGACACUUGAGAGAUUAUGGGUCAACUAAAAUCAUCUGCAGGGGUGGCAUGUGGAGUGACGUGGAACUAAUAUGCAAAAAGCGAGACUGUGGUCCACCUAAACCUUCACCACAUAUGAAAUAUAGCAUAUUAGAUGGAACAUUGUUUGGUGCAUUUGCAAGACCUGAAUGUGAGAGAGGAUAUUUUCUUGAAGGGUCAAGCCACAGGCAAUGUCUUGUCUCUGGUUGGGGUGGAAGAUCUAGGUGUACACUGAUAACGUGUGAUCCACCUGUCCAAAUUGAACAUGGCAAGAUAAUGACAUACAAGGACGCUCCUGAGCUUGAUGAUGUCAUUGAAUAUUCCUGCGAAACUAACUACAUCCUCAUUGGAAAUAGAUUCUUGACAUGUGGAGAAGAAGGGUAUGAUUCAACACCACCAAUAUGCAAAGAAAACCAAACACAGACAACAGCAAGCAUCACCACAAAUAUAGCUACAAGCAUAGCCACAACCGCCUUAAGUUUAAAUGAAAACCAAACACAGACAACAGCAAGCAUCACCACAAAUAUAGCUACAAGCAUAGCCACAACCGCCUUAAGUUUAAAUGGCACAAAAAACUUUACCAAAAACAAAGAUACAACUAACAGCAGUGCAUAUGAAAGGGAUGAGGAAACGCCUUUUACAUAUUCACAAAGGAUUAUCAUCAUUUGCAGUUUUGUUGGUGCAAUUUUUUGUUUUGUUUGUUUAGUUUGUUGUUUAUGUCGGGCUUGGCUUUUUUCUAAACAGAAAGGACCCAAAUACAUUUACACACUUUCAAUGUGAAUAGCUCACCUAAUAUUGUUGGAGUUUGGACUCAACGGACCGAUGUUUGAGACCAGCCAAGCGCACAAGCAGAAACGUGAGAAGAAACUGUCAUAGAAGUGACUUCAAUAAAUGUUCUUUUCAUGUCUCAUUUGCUUUUAGGACACUAUCGGUUAGGUUUAGGUUCAAGUUUUAGGUUAGGGAGUAGGGUAGCUCCGAUACCACAAUUUUGGCUUUGUACGAUACCAGCCCUGCUACCUCGUAACGAUACUAAUUCGAUACUAAGGCAACAAAUGAAAUAAAAAACUCAGAUUUAUGAUGAAAUUACACAGAUAAUUAUUGACAAAAAGAAAUGCAUAAAGUCUUAAAGAAAACAAUUAUGCCUUUUCUGUUUAAAUUGUUGUAGAUUCUAUGUUAAAUGUUUUUAUUAAAUGUUAAGAUCAAAUUAUGUUUAAUCAAAUAUAUACUGUACAGGUUUGAUCAAAUGAAAAUAUAAUAAUUUAUAAAUAAUUAUUUUUGGUGAAAAAAAAAAAGAUGCACACUAGAGCUUCACAGUAUUAAUGAAAACAAUCUGAUUUCCUGAGGCAAAAGUCUGCUAUGGCUGAAUCACAACAUUCCGAUAUUCAAUACUGGUAUUUAUCUUUUGUGAUAUUGCGUACAGAUAAUAAUCUUAAUAAUAUAACCAUUUAAUAUUAUAAAAUUUUUAUUGUGAGCAUUAUUGCUAUGAAUAUUACACUUUUAUGCAUUAGUAAUAUUUUUCUGUUGUAAUGUCUUAAAUUUCAUGCAUCCAUUUAAAUGACGCUCUCAUUUUAGCAGGACUUAUAUUUUGAAAGGCCUUUGAAGUUCUCCCUUUUUUGAAGGGUUCGUUAUAUCAAAACUUCCUCCGAAUUGUGAGCUGAAAUCUCUGGUAAAAAGGUCAUAUGAGAGUUUGCAGACGUUUAUAUACUAAACACACUGAUCUGCGGCUCUGCAGGUGGAUACUAUUGGACACACUGCAUGGAAAUCAAGCAGUAAUAGUGUGUAUGCGUGUCUGUGUGUGUUAAAUUACAUUCUUCUGCUGUUUAAUGAUCACACUUGGCCAUAUUGAGAUUUUUUUUUUUUAUUAUUUUCAAAUAGUCUUUGAUUUCAUCACAAAAUUCUCAUUACAUUACGCUAAUGGCAGCAUACUUUAAUAUGGUACCGAAAUUAACAAGAUAUCGUACCAUUUAAACAUUUUUGGUUUCACAAUAUUUCGUUUGUACGUAUGCAUGCAACCCUAUUAGGGAGGUACGUUUUACUCAUUAAAGAUGACAUAUAAUAUUCACUUCAAAAACCUCGUCUGAUUACAACACCAUUUUACCUGCAUUUGGCACCCUCCGGUGGAUAUUACACUGGGAAUCUGCAGCAAAGCGUGUAAUGAAGCACGCAAUUUCUUUUAGCAAAAAUGUUGUCACGGCAAUGGUUCAUUAGAUCAGGCAGAUUUUUCCAUUCAUUGAGAGUCAAUGUUGACAUCUCAUUGUGUUCCUCGGAAAAAAGUCAUAUGGAUUUUAAACAAAUGAGUGUGUGUAAAUGGCAGAAUUUGAAAAUGGGAUUUUCAGUUGCACUUCAUUUUACAGUGUCCAUGUUUAUAGCAGCCUUUACAUAUGUUACUAAAAUGAAUUACGAUAGAAAUAAUCUUUGUUUGAUUACAAACAGCUCCAUAAAUUAUUCAGUAAACUUACUCUUUUGUAUAUACAGUACAUAAAAAAUAUAAACACUGUAAAAUAAAGUAUGACAUUUAUUUAUUUUUUUUGGCUGGUUUCAAGGAAGUGCCUGGAAACAUGCAGGUUACUAAUUAAUGGGAAACAACCUCAAGGAAGUUCAGAGAAUCUAGAUAGUUGCAUUAUUUCUGGUGUAACCUGUAAAAAUGUGCAGUCAUCUGGGAACAUAAUGAGCAUAAGCCUUUAAAUGAAAGGGUGUGAAAGGGUUGCCUGAUGUUGCUAACCAAAUGAUGAAAACAGCUGUAUGCAGAGCUGAUUUUUCCCCGAAUGCUAAUUACACACAAACAGCAUGCAGCAGGACUGCUUGACUAAUAUAAUAUUAACUAAAUAUAUAUGAGUUAGAUCAAUAAAUAAUGUAUUAUAAUGACUUUAUCUCCUUGUUUGAAAAUGCUUCAUAGUUCAUACAAUACUGGAGAAGAAAAAAGGACAAAAGAGGAGUUAUAUCUAUAUAAAAGUCUCUAAACUCAAGGGCACGUAAUCGGACGGCUCCUUUGUGCUAGUAUUCAAGUGGACACAUGUUGCACAGUGUUAACCCCUUAAAGCUUCCAUGUUUAAACUUUAAAAGAAUAGUUUGCCCAAAAUGUAAUUUACUCACCCUCAAAUGGUUCCAAAGCCGAAUGACUUAACUUUCUUCUGUGGAACACAAAAAGAGAACGUUUGAAGAAAGUUUACGCUGCUGUUUUCCAUACAAUGAAAGUGAAUGGUGAUUUAGGCUGUCAUUCUGCCUAAAAUCUUUUGUGUUCUACAGUAAGAAAGAAAAAAAGCCUUUGAGCUUUGGAACAAGUUGAGGGUAAGUAAAUGUUGACAGAAAUUAAAUUUUUGAGUGAACUAUCCCUUUAAUAGUGCACUUUCUAAACUAGAAGUUUUAUUUAUUUAUAAUUGCUAUGAAAUGUUGUACUUUUACAAAACAAUACAUUACAGAUAUUGCUUAAUAUCAUAUUUUUAUAAAGUAUGUUUGAUUAAAAC